UGAUACAUGUAAUAAAUCAUAUUUUCAAAUUUUAAUUUUGUCGAUGGACUCUUUUUUUUUUUUUGGUUCUAAUUUUUCUUUCCAUUUUUUUGCGCUGAUUUUGAGUCUUUUGGAAAAUACGAAGGGGAGCAGCAGUUAUAUUGGACUGGAAAUAUGCGCAACAGCAAAAUUGAUUUAGACACUCAAGUACCCAAAGAACUUUUCAGAAGACUAGUUACGGGAGAAGAUCAAAUUCAUGAGCUCGAUUCCAGCGGUUUUUUCUGCCACUUGAACAAUCACUCUGAUGUAUGUCUUGCGAAUAAACCAGUUAUGGUGGACUACAAUAGAUUAACAGUAUAUGUACCUUCCAAUAAAACCCCAGAAAUCAAUCAUAUGAUUAGGCCGUAUGCUAGGAAAGACGAUGAGAAAGCAAUGGAGGAUGUUACGGCAGUGAAAAUAGUUGAAGGAAACAGUAGUAAUAACAAUUUUCCUGCAGCUUGCAAAUUCAAUCAUAGUGUUCCGGCCCUGAUCUUCUCCUCCGGCGGCUUCGUAGGCAACCCAUUUCACGAAUUCAACGAGAUCAUCAUCCCUUUGUUCCUCACCUCUCACCAUUUUCAAUCCCAUGUGCAGUUUCUAAUCUCCGAUUUCAAUUCGACAUGGUUCGGGAAAUACAAAAGAGUUCUCGCGCAUUUAUCUCGCUACAAAGUCAUGGAUAUGGCAAGGAAAAGAGUUGCUAUCCAUUGCUUUCCAGGAGCAAUUGUAGGGCUCAACUACCAUGGCUUUCUUGCUAUAGACUCUGAAGAAAUUCCCAUAGGUCAUUCCAUGGCUGACUUCAGGAGCUUCCUCAGAGAAACAUAUAAUCUGAAAGCUUUUAAUGUAGCAGUAAAGCCAAGGCUGCUCCUUCUGUCUCGUAGAGGAUCAAGAAGAUUUAUUAACGAAGGAGAAUUGAAGAAACUGAUGAAAGAAGUGGGAUUUGAAGUCAUUGUGGCGAGUCCUGAGGCAACAUCAAAUUUAGACAAGUUUGCUGGGUUGGUGAACUCGUGCAGUGUUAUGGUUGGAGUCCAUGGAGCUGGGCUUACAAAUCAAGUGUUCUUGCCGGACGGCGCGGUGGUGGUUCAGGUGGUGCCGCUGGGAAUAGACUGGGCCUCAACCAACUAUUUUGGUGAGCCUGCAACUAAAAUGGGGUUGCAUUAUUUGGAGUACAAGAUUGAAGCAGAGGAGAGUUCACUCUUAAUAGCUUAUGGUCCUAAGCACUCGUUUAUAACUAAGAGUGAUCCUCUUAAUGUAUACUUGAUGGGGUAUAAAACUGCCAGAGCUGUCUAUAUUGAACAGCAAAAUGUUAUAAUUAAUGUGGUGAGGUUCAGGGAAACCCUUGUUCAAGCCUUGAAUCUUCCUGGUGGAAGGUAAUCAUCAACUCCAAUUCGAUUUGCACAAUGUGUAUUAUUAUACAUACGAUACAUAUAAUAUGCAUUAA